AUGUCUUCAGACCUCGAUCACCCGGCCAAGAAACUGAAGAUGUCGGACAAAGAUCGCAAGGUCAUUGGUACGCACAACGGUGCGUUCCACUGCGACGAAGCGCUUGCCGUCUUCCUCCUGAAGAGGACAAAAACAUACGGAAACGCGGAUCUCAAGCGCAGCAGGGAUCCUGCCAUCCUGGACACUUGCUCCAUCGUGGUCGACGUAGGGGGUGUCUACGAUGAGGCGAGGCAGCGUUUCGAUCACCAUCAGCGCGGGUUCACCGAGGUGUUCGGACAUGGCUUCACCACGAAGUUGUCUUCCGCUGGGCUAGUAUACAAACAUUUUGGCCAGGAAAUCAUCGCAAGCAGGCUGCUCGCGGAGGUUGACGACCCAAAAGUCGAGACGCUUUGGCUGAAGCUCUACAAAGACUUCAUUGAGGCGAUCGACGGCAUAGACAAUGGUGUAUCGCAGUAUCCUGUCGAGCUACUGCCGAAGUAUCGCAGUAGGACAGAUGUCUCAAGCCGUGUUGGGCACCUGAACCCCGCGUGGAACGAGUCCACUGACUCACAGAUUGUUGACGGGAAAUUCCUCCAGGCGUCAUCCCUCGUCGGCGAGGAAUUCCUUGGAAGGCUGGACUACUACGCCAAUUCAUGGCUACCCGCGAGGGAUCUAGUCGCAGCCGCUCUUGCAAGGAGAACAGAGGUGGACCCGAGUGGGAAAAUUGUGCUUUUUGAGCUGUUCCUACCGUGGAAGGAGCACCUCUUUGAACUUGAAGCCGAACAAUCAAUAUCGGAUUCUGCUCAACCCAUUUACGUCCUCUAUCCCGACGAAACCUCUGGGAAUUGGCGCAUCCAGGCCGUCCCAGUCCGUCCAGAGAGCUUCGAGAGCCGCAAGGCGCUGCCAGAGGCGUGGAGAGGAUUUAGGGACGACGAUCUCUCGAAAAUAUCUGGGGUGGAGGGCGGGAUUUUCGUCCAUGCCAGUGGCUUCAUCGGCGGUAACAGAACGAAGGAGGGUGUACUGCAGCUAGCGAAGCUUGCACUCACGUUGUGA